AUGGAGAGUCUACCUCAAGAAUACUUUACUUGUUGGAGAUGCAAAGUAAAGUUUAUAGAUUUGAACAGAUUGAAACAUCAUUAUCAUACUGAUUGGCACAGGUAUAAUAUGAGUACAGUGACAAAUGGAUUGGCUUCGAUCACACUUGAAGAUUUUGAAAAGAAAGAAGCAAUGUAUCGUGAAAUUAGUUCAACCCAGACUAAGCAAAAACAAAUUUGUGAAGUUUGCCGGAAAAAAUUCAACAAUCAGAAACAAUACGAGAAUCACUUGGCCUCGAAAACUCAUAAAAAGAAGUUGGAGCAAAAAGAUACAACUAUAACUUAUACCAAAAAAUCAUCAAGCAUACAAGAUAUAUCCAAUAAGAAUAUAGAUGACUGUCUGAAUAUUGAAACAGAUUCGGAUGUAGAAUCUGUAGAUUCAGACGAAUGGUUCGAGGACUCGAAGUAUCAAAUUACCUAUGAAUAUUGCUUAUUCUGUGAUUAUCAUAAUAAAUCCAUAGAGUGUAUUAUGAUACACAUGGAGAAAAAACAUUCGUUUUUCGUACCUUACCUUGAAUACUGCAUUGAUCUAGGUGGCCUGUUAAAAUACUUGGAACAUAAGAUAUGUACUGAAUUCAAAUGUAUUUGGUGUAAUGAUUCAGGAAGAAAGAUGCAAAGUAAAGAAGCAGUAAGGAUGCAUAUGAUCGACAAGGGCCACUGUAAAAUGUUGUUUGAAGAGAAGAUGAUGCACGAGUAUUCAUCUUUCUAUAAUUACUUAUCCAGUUAUCCAGAUGCUGAGAGUGCCGAUCCAGAUGAAGAAUUAUCAGAUGUAGAUGUUUUAGACGACGAGGGUUACGUGAUGAAGCUACCAUCUGGCAAGUUGAUAGCCCACCGUGAUUUGGCGCAUUACUAUAAACAGAAUUUAUCCAACGAAGUGGCAUGUAUAAUAAAGGAAAAGGAGUAUCCUUAUUCCUGGCGCAAGGAGUUGCAAAAGCAUGCAUCGGUUGGGUCUAUGGAAAAAAGACUUCACGCUGCCCGAAUUACAGCAAAAGAUAAUCAAAACUUUCAGCGAGUUCAAGCCAAACACUUAUUGCAGCUGCAAGUCAAACAAAACAACUUGCAGAAGCAUUUUAGACGACAAACGGACUUUUAAUUAUACCUACAAUAACUAAGGGGGCGUCAGAUAGCUGUUUCCUGAUCCUUACUCGUAGAUUUCGAGCUAACAUGCUCGACUCGUGAUUUUUCGCUCCAGAUCGAUCCCAGGCCCAUAUAUCGCGAUUUUUCCGCGCGAUUUAUAUAGGAAGGCCAUUGUAAAAAUUGUACAAGGACUUAAAGUAAUAAAAAAAGAAAAAGAAACUUUAUAUACGAGUUUAUGAUCUAUAGUUUAAAAAGUAUAUGUGUUGUAUAACUUGAAAGGAUAGAGAUUGAAGGCACUCAUUUAUCGUCACCUGGCGAUACACGGCAAAAA